GCUGAUUCUGUGGAAGCAAAGUCUGUAUCGUAUGUUCAAGGAAGUUAUUGUCUAUGCUGUGCAUUUAGGUUGGUCUUCUUAAGAAUGACAAUUGAGCCACACUGUUUAGGGGGUGACCUAGAAAUUUGGUUACCCAUAUCCAAGAAAUGACUGUAUGUAUAACUCCGUAGUAGUUCUUCUCGGAAUUUCUCUAUAUAUUUUUUAGUUCUUAUUUCAUUUGAAAAUUUCAGAUAAAACAAUCACAGAAGCUCCGGAAUCCGGAUGGUAAAAAUAAGAUUUUUUUUUUUUAAUUUUUUAAUGAUCUCCAGAUUGUUUUGUUUUUGAUUCUUCAAGGAAGGGGGAGUAAAAAGCACAGGUUUUUUUCCCUUUUAAGGACGAUUUUCUCGAUGAAAUACUACUAGGGUUUACGAUUUCACAAAUCAUGGGUAGUUUAAGAAAAGCAAAAUUAGCUAUUAACUCAUUUCGAAGUCUUGGUUCAAAGUUUUUUAAUGGGGGAAGAAACCCAAUUCGUGAAGGUAAUCAUCAGUUCAAUCAAUUUAUUUCCAGUAAUAAUUCAUCAUCCCUGAAUACUAAUAUCUCUAGGGGUUCCGGGUGUGCUUUUUCAUCAUUGAUUCGCUCAAAGUUUACUUCUUUUCAACAAAAUCACCAAAGAAAUCUAUUUUUGAAUGGUGGGGGACGUAGAUUUUAUUAUGUGGAUCGAAAUCAAGUUCAACAUUUUAAACCAAGAGGACCAAAAAAAUGGUUUGAAAACCCUAGAAAUGUAUUGGUUGUAGUUUUAAUCAGUGGAGGAGUUAUUAUUACUGUAUAUGCUGGGAAUUGUGAAACGAUUCCUUAUACGAAAAGAACUCAUUUUGUUCUUUUAUCAAAAGAAUUAGAGAGACAAAUGGGAGAAGAAAGUUUGAAUGCAAUAAAGAAUGCAUAUAAAGGGAAGAUACUACCAGCAAUACAUCCCGAAAGUGUUAAAGUUAGAUUGAUAGCGAAAGAUAUUAUUGGAGCUUUAGAAAGAGGGAUUAAACAUGAACAAGUAUGGAGUGAUCCUGAGUAUAGCAAUCAAAAUAUCGAGACUGAUGAUGAGAAUUCUAGAGAAGCUGUUAUUGCUUUGAUAGGCGGUGGUGAAGGGAAAAUAGAUGGGAAUUGGAGGAAAGAAGAGGAAGUUCUUGAUGAUAAAUGGGUUCAAGAAAGUAGAAAGAAAGGUCGAGAGAAAGGUGCUAAAGUUGCUACUCAUCAUUUGGAAGGAAUGAAUUGGGAAGUUUUGGUUAUUGAUGAACCAAUUGUUAAUGCCUUUUGUAUUCCUGGUGGGAAGAUUGUUGUUUUCACUGGUUUGCUUGAUCAUUUUAGAACAGACGCUGAGAUAGCUACAAUCAUUUCACAUGAGGUUGGACAUGUUGUGGCAAGACAUGGAGCUGAACAAAUGUCAAACAAUAUGUGGUUUACAAUUCUGCAAAUAGGUCUUAUGCAGUUUGUUGGUAUGCCUGAUCUUGUAAAUAUGACAUCACAAUUUUUCCUCAAGCUCCCUUUCUCUCGAAGGAAUGAAAUGGAGGCAGAUUAUAUAGGGGUACUCUUGCUUGCCUCAGCUGGAUAUGAUCCUCGGGUGGCGCCCCAAGUGUACGAGAAGCUUGGGGAGGUCGCUGGAGACACGGCGUUGAAUGAUUAUCUGGCUACACAUCCAUCUGGAAAAAAGAGAGCCCUAGUGCUAUCCCGAGCCAAAGUAAUGGAAGAAGCCUUCAGCAUAUACAGAGAAUCAAGUUCAGGCAGGGGUGUCGAAGGCUUCCUGUAAGGAAGAAAAGUUGCACUUCCUUCAUACCAUGGGAAUGUAUUUCUUUUGCUGAGUGUAUUUCAUAUAUAUAUAUAUAUAUAUAUAUAUAUAUAUAUAUGAGUUUUCUUAUCUGAAUUCAGUGUGAAUGUUGUAUAAUCUUUAGAGAGGAUGUUUUUGUUGCCACGCAGGCAGAUGGAAUCAAUAAAACUGGAAGAAACUUGUCAGUUUUGAUCGAAA